AGGCGUGUACUGUGUGCACUCGCGACUACUUACUCACGACCCAGUGCAGACUGAUCGAGAGAGAGAGAGUGAGUGCAAUUGUGAAAGUGUGCGCAUUAGAGAGGAAGAAGAAUCAUUCGGCCAGCGCAAUGAUGGAGGACUGCUGCCUCGAGAGAAGGAAAACAAAGCCGUCGAUCGGAACGAGGCCAUCCUGAGUGUGACGCGUUGCAACGACGAGCUUUGUAGUGGCUCAACGCCUCGUCAGAUCUGCUAGGAGGCGUGUGGGCUCAGUGCAAUGAGCUGGGCUACUCAUCGAUGACACAAUUGGGUGAAGUGGCUGUGUAAACUGUUGAGGAGUUUUGUUGUUUGAUGCAACAGUCAUCAUGUCAAGAACAAUGGGUACCAAUGGUGCUCCGGGUCUGCCUGGGAUCCAGGAGAUUGUCAAGCUUGCUGGUUUGCUAAGGGAUACUGGAGAUAAAGUUUUGAGUGCCACCAGCAAGCUGUCCCUUUCAACAAAACUACUGGCUGACCUAAAUGGAGCAUUCUCUGUGAUCAUCAACGAAACUGACGAUUUGGAAAGCUCCUUUCAAGUGUGCAACAGUUCGCGCAAUGAGGUCUUUCGGGACAUUAAAUUCUUGCAUGAUUUUGUGCAAAAAACAGUCGGCCUCAAGAUCCAACACAAUCCUAAUGAUACCAAGGUCACUGUUGAUAUUACCAAGUUUAGACACUUGAAGUAUUUGGAAUUGCAAAAAGUGCCCUUGGAAAUGGUGAAGGGAAUUCAAGGUAUUCGUGGACAACUCGAGUGCAUUGUCUGCUCUGGCGGUCGUGGUGUUGGUAACAUUUAUGAAUUGCUAGCUGCAUGUGGUGGAGAUGCUGGGGCUGGAUUUGUGUGGGGCUCCUUACACAGACUAGCAUUGCCUUACAAUGCCCUGACACACCUAGACAAAUCCCUGGAAUAUGCCCCUUGGUUGGAAACCAUAGAUCUCAGUCACAAUGCCAUUAAAAAGGCUACAGAGUUAGAGUAUUUGCCAAGUCUUAGAAAUGCCAAUCUAGGCUUUAACAAUCUCGAGUCUGUUCCUUCCUUUCACAAAACUGCAUAUCAUAAUCUGCAUAAAUUAAUACUCAAGAACAAUUACAUCGAUAACAUCGACGGUUUACAAGGCCUUGAAUGCUUGAUGGAACUAGACCUCUCUUACAACUGCCUAACUGAUCACUCAAUGCUCUGGCCCUUAGAGAGGAUGUCGAUGCUAAUAUGGGUGUGCCUCGAGGGAAAUCCGCUCUCUUAUCAUCCCCGUCAUAGGCUUCACACCAUCAAGCGCCUGCAUCCGUCGUUGAGCGAUAGCAAGUUUGUGCUGGAUGAUGAGCCACUCAAUAAAUCCGAAAAACUUUUCGUGUCGGAAAAUCGAGUGUUCGGCAUGCGUUCGACGAUGCAACGAACCAGUCGUCGUCAGGGCAGUGGCGAAUCAUCGUUGGCGUCAAGCUUCACGCAGACCUACUCGGAGACCGUUGGUAGGACCGAGUCUCCAGUCCGUAGCCGAAUGACAACCAGCCAGAGUUCAGACGCGUUAGAGCGCAGUAUUGAUGUGGUCACGGUUGGAGGAAGCAGAUCUUCUGGUAAAAAGAGAAGAAACGUCCGGGAGGCCGUCAUUGCAGAAGAUGACUUGGAUAAAGAACGACCCAAGGCCAAACCUAACUCGCUCACGAAUUCAUAUCUCGAAGCUUCAAUGGAUCACUUAGAAACCAAACGUCAGAUCCUGGCACUGCGCGCGAAAUACGGCGAGGAUAACUGGUUAAGCAAUCAAGCAGCUGCCCAUGUGCAAAGCAUACUGGGCAUACAGCAGUUACAAGCUUCGCCUCUUGGAACCUCGCCUUUACAGCAACAGCUACAAUCCGACCUAACUUCAUCACCGUUUUCUUCGACCUUUACGGAAGCACAACAGGGCCUAGCAGUGGUAGAGUCACUCAAUGCAACCGCUUCCAUAUCGCCAAUCCCGCCGCCGUCAGGCAAUGCCCAGAUACAUUACUUAAAAGACGCGCCGUUAGAAGCCAAGCAGGAUAAGACAGAACAGCGCAGAAUAGAGCGCGAAUACGAGAGCACCGAUGAGGGCAUAGUCGUGGAAACCGAGACCGACGCGGAGAACGAGGAGCUUGCGACGGCGACGAAUGAGGUGCAGGAGAUACUCGAGACCUCUUAUGAUCCUGACGAGGAAAAAGGAGAUCUGUAUUUGGUGCUCAAGAAAAGGGGUAACGAGUCGCCCGAUGAGAUUUUGCUGAUCAUUACUCCAGAAGAUAUAAAGGAGAGGGACUCUAUAACCGGUAAAAUAAAGUACCGCUGGGCGACCAACACGGUCCUUUCCUGCGUUUUGGGUAGAGGAACUCCGACAACCGUUGACAUUACGUUCGAUACUACGCGGAAGGAUCGUCAGGCUAGAACUUACAUCACCGAGCUUGAUGAGGCCAAAAAAAUCGUAGAAACACUCAACGAAAUGAUAAUCAUUCAACCAAUGUUACUCAAAGUCUUCAAGUGCAUGAAAUGUUCAACUCACUUUUCUCAAGAUGCAGACAACAGCAUUGUUACAUCCAUGUCUGCUGGUGCACCACCUAAAUGUCCAACCUGCAAGAGUACCCUGGUAAUUCAAAGCGACGAGUUACCGACACCAACACCAGAGCGCCUUGAGAAGAUUCCCGAGAAAGGUUUCAAGCCCGCAGAAUCUCAGAGAGAAAUACUGCCUGUCGAAUCAUCGAGCUCGCAGCUACCUCACUCGAGCUCACAGUCCAGCAUUGGUGGAACAGAGGGUGGAGCUAUAUCCAUCACCACUUCUCUGGUGCACUUCGACUCGCACCCCCAAGCUCAAAUCUGCUGUUCAGCGACGAGUCUAGAAGAAUCACGAGAGUCAACGCCGUCGGCCAGCAUUAAUACCAAAAAAUACGAGAGCGACAUCGAAAUACUAAGCAAUCCCAGUCAAAGCAGCAUAGAAGUCCUGGACGAUGGAUCGAAGUCAACGACUCCGCACAGAAAAAAGUCAUCCGAGGAGCGGCGCGUAGCUAUCGCCCCCUCGUUAUUAACAAUUCCAGACACAACUCUCGUUAUGGCAGGUCUAACUGAAAGUAGCUCAUCAGGUUCAUUGACUGACAGUGUGUGUACCGCUUACGAAAAUAAAACCCUUAAGUUGUUGGAUAAGACCAGUGAAAUGUCCACUAGCAGAAGCACCAGCGAUGCCGAGACGGUCAAAGGCGAGAUUCAGGAAUCGGAGAAUUCUUUCGCUCCCGUAACAAAUCUUACAUCGAUGCUGGGCGAAUUACUCCAGAGUAUGAAGAUUGGACCAUCCAAAGAUUCGAUGUCGAAGUCUGAGGAGAGCUCAGAGUUUGUAGGCACUAGCAUUCAAUAUUCCUACACGAAUUUCAGCGACGUUGAUCAUCGGAUCAAACUUCACAUUAUAUUGAAUGUUUUUGAGCACGAAAACGAAGAUCUCGCGUUUUUGUUACGAGCUGAUAUUUUGACUCAGUCAUCGACGGAAACUUUUCCUGGAUGUUUAGUAAUGUCUACGGCUAAGGUUUAUAUUUUGCGGAUUAACGGAUUAGAGGGCGAGGACCCCCAACGAUGGCUACAUAAAGAAUCAAGCUGGACGAUAGACAGGCUCAGAUCCUUUGCUCCACUACCAUUCAAACAAGGCGUACUAGUCGAGUUGCAGCAGCCCAACAAACCCGGGGAGAGUCCUACUAACAACGUGGUUCUGUGCAUUCUACAAGAUUUUCAAAGAACGUCGAAUUUCCUAUUUUAUCUAACAGAUUCUCCACUUCCUGCCAGUUGCGAGGUAGAGUUCAUGGUUCCUCAGUACUGCAGCGAUUCUAUCAAGAACAUUUUAAAAUCUUCAAAAAUUCACAAGGAAGAGGAUUCAAUUAGGCUGCUUGCACUUUUUUCGUCGGCCGUGCUCACGUCUCCGAGUGAAACGAUAAAACUCAAAGUAUCUGGUCUGAUCGUAACAUCAUCAAGCUUGGUCAUAAUCCAAGACAAGUGUCACUGGCUCUUACCCGGGAAUAAUAAACUCCCGAGCAUCAUUACCGAACAGGGAAUGAGUAAUUUGAUCGAAGUGGAUUUCAAUGAGACCUCGUUGUGUCUGAACUUGUUGGAUGAGGUAGCGGGCAUUGAAGCCACUUGGAACCUAGAACUAGUAUCAGCGGGUGCAGCUGAGGCCGUAAUUAACUCGAUUCGGCCGCCAUGGGAGGAGCUAUUCUCGGUGCCCUUGCAAAUCAAUGGACCGCAGGUGCCUGCAUCGAGCGGCAUAAUUGCUACAACGGAGACGUGACAACAGACAGACUGCUUGCUGCGCCAGUGCGAGCAGAUCAUCGGCAUCGUCCUUAUGCGCAAUAUUCUCUACAUCAAGCGAAUCAUCAUGACUUGUGUACUCUAUCUUUACUUUCUCUAUGGCCUCACAGAUAACGAGUUCAAAUAUAAAACGCAGCACUGAGGCUGGUAGAUGUAUCACUCUCGAGCGAGGAUCAACUCUACAAGAUUUUUAUUUUAGAUAAAUGAAAUACCGCACAAAAGACUAUAGCGACGCAAACCGAGCGUCAUAUUUUUAACAAGAUUGAUUUAUUUUCCACGGUUUUAUUACUGUUCAAAACAGAUCCAGAUGCAUAAUUUUCGACUAGUUAGUAUUUCGAGCCAACUUGUUUUGCAGCCGCAAUAUCAAAAUCCCCACGUAACUUUCUUUGUGUACGACUCUCUUUUUCCCUUACGAUUAAAAAGAUUUCGCUGUUACAUUGUGACUGUGAUACGUAAAUUAGCCUACUUGUACAUAAUGAUUACUGUAAGCCUUAAAAAGAAAAUUAUAGAAGAUGAUGUAGCUAAACCUACGAUAUAUGCUGCUACGCAUUGCGAUCCAGUUUUGAGAGGCAAUAUUAAUGGAUGAUAUAUAUUUCGUUGAGCGCGGUGUAUUUUUCUAGCUAAUGUGUACAUUUGAGAAUGAUGAUAAACUUACCAACUGCCUAUUAAAGGCCGCACGUCAUUACGAAAUCACACCUGUGUGCCCCUUUACUAAAACUUAUUAAUACUGAUAGUUGGUAUUAUUGUUAUAUUUAUGAUUAUUAAUAUUAUUAGGAUUGAUAUCAAAAAUAAUUUUGUUGCUACAAGAAUUUAAUAAAACUAUGUACCGUACUUUCUACUUUACAUGGUUUUAUAUGCAAUGAAUUUAUUUUUCAUGUUUUUAGUUUUUGGAGUAUAUUUGCUGAUGCAAGUUUGUUUUUAACAAUCUCGUAUUUCAACAAACUAUAUCAUUAACGCGAGUGUUUGUUUGAGAUCGUUUAUCUUUUUAAUGUAUCGGACGAAUAUUUUUGUGCGUGAAAUUGACAAUUACUAACCAAUGAUUAUAAAUGAUGUAUAAAUAAUAAAUAACAAGAAUUCUUGUGAUUUUUUAAAACUAAAUAUUUUUAUACAUAUAAAGCUAAUGUGCUUUGAAAUGCAAAUGCAUAGAGUAGUAAAAUUAUAUUUGUAUUAGAUAAAUUUUUAUUUUUGGUUGACCCACUUACAAGUGUCUUGUUUAUUGAUUUUAUCAAACACAUAUUAAAUAGUUUACUGAGAAAUUUCUUGCUAAUGUAUAUUGCAAUUGUUCAAAUAAAUAAAUAAACAGUAAACGAAUCAUUUUAUAUCGAAAUA